AUGGCCGUAGAUACUGGAGAGGAGUCCAUCGAGACCUGGGCAGGGGGUCCGAGUUCGCAAAACGUGGUGACCUUAUCGAAGGAGGACUUUGAGAAGCUCGUGAGCUCCGCUCAGCGCGCUCAUCUCUAUUCACUGGCCGGCAAUCUUUCGAUAUCCAACGGCAAUUUGAGUCAGAAGGAUGAUGAUGAGCUGCCGCAGGAUCUGUCUAUGAGCCGAACGCAGUCGCAGCCGGAACUGAGUCCCUUCCUCAAGAGUCCGAUACCACAAAGACCGCUAUCGAAGAUGGAACAGAAACAAUUGCAGUGGGAGCGUGAACGUGCCGAGCUUCAGGCUAUGAAGGAUUGGGGUACGCCCUCAAUGGUGGGAACUCCUCACAAGGGUCGGAGACUUCAGCCCGUAGCCGCGGUAACCCCGCAAUUGUCAACUGAAGGGAACUCCGGGCCGCGGGUCACAAACAUACUCAAUAUGGAGAACGCCAAUCACGUACAAUUCACCGACCAUCAAGCCGGCAAAGCUCCCUCAUCGGGGCGAUAUUCGAUGGCAGACGAAGCGAAGAAACGACUUGGCUCUCUCGUGAGCGACGUUGCAGAUCCUGAAAUAAUUCGUCUCGAGAAGGCUCAGAAAGCUGCGGAGUAUCGACGUGCAAUAGAGCAGCAAGUUGAAGAGAAACGGAAACGAAAGCAGGAGGAAGAAUUAAAAACAAAACUCGAGGAAGAGGCGGCUGAACGGAAAUUAAACGAAGAACGUGAGAGACUACGCAAGCAAUAUGAAGACGAGCAGCGAAAAAUUCGGAUUAAAGAGGAGGCUGAACAACGGACGCGACAAAUUCUUCUAGAAAAAGUCAAAGAAGCCGAGGCAGCCGCCGACGAGGCUCGCAGAAUGCGCCUCCGACGAAACGCCAACUCGGCUCUGCCUCAGGACGAGAUUAUAGCAGCCAGUGUCCAAAAUGUGCUCAAACUGCCCUCGCCGCCUCCAAUAGAACGCACCAGGAGUCGUCUUUCGAAUUCCCCCCCUCUGCCUGCGCCGAGAAGAACCAACUCAGGAUUUUUGGCGACGUCCUCCAACUUGCCGAGCGCUCAUGGGGGGAAUCGACUGUCGGCGCAAGCGUCGCCUCAUGCCAUUGAUCUGAAUUGUCAGAGUCAGCUACAACAUAUGAAUCAAGGAAUUUUGAUAUCACAACAAGCAACUUCUCCGAGUUUCCCUGCCGCUCCGCCGCAAAUGCAGACAAUUUACUCAUCAGCCUUCUUGGACUCCGGGAAUGGCCCGUGCAAUAAUAUGCUCCACCAACAAGUCCCUAUGAUUCACAAGUGCCAAGCGUAUGUGGAGUCGAUGCCUUCGCCGCCGCGUACCGGAUACUCUUCGUGCUCGUGCCAUGUGCAUGCAAGACUGCCGAUCCUCACUUCAUUUUAUACACAGACCCCGACGUACAUCGAGGACCGUGUGCUCACUCCGACCAUACUCCGGUUGCGACAACGCAGCCAGAGCAUGAAGAACUUGAAGAGCUCGGCCGUACAGACAGACUGGAGCAUGUUGAGGGAUAUGUCACCUCCAAGCUCGGCUCCGAGUUCUCCCGUGAACGGGCGCAGCUCUAGGCGACGCAAGCCCGUAUCGACGGGAGGCUUGGAACGCGAUAAGAACAAACGGCCUCCUUGGAAUGCGAAUAUUCCUAAUCAUGCCUACAUUAAGAAUACCGAUCGCGAUCCCAACAUGCACACACGGAAGAAACUGCAGGAGCUUCGUAAACAGCAUUGGGAGCGUGAGAUGACACAGCAGAACGCCUGGCAGCAGAGCACCCGUAGACGUAUUGGUGCCAACAAUACCGACCACGAUCGGAAUCCUAGAUCAUCAGCUAGACUCGAUUCGCGUCACAGCUCGCGGUCCAAGUCCCUUCGACAAACGUCGCGACGAGUGGAUACAUCAGACACGGACCUGUCGAUCGCCAACAACGACACAGGGUCAGAUUUCCCGGAACACAACGGUUAUGGGACGGAUGGAGCUAUCGGUAAAGGCCUUCGUGAUGACGGUGUCGACAGCAGCGAAGUUUCCGCUACUGCCUCUGCAGGACCGCUCUCUGGAGGUCGCAGUACGGAAAUCACCAAAAAUGAGCCCACUAUCCCGGCACCAGCUCCCCGCAAAACGUGGAAAUCGCAGUCGAUGUACAUUCCCCAACAUCGAGCGGAGUCGCCACCUGUGCCGGCCCUCCUGAACAAGAUGAGAUUGCAGAGCGCCGAAGAUUUGAACGCUACCAGAGGUUCGAGCCACGACUCGAAUCACGAGGAAUCGAUAGAUCACUCGCAUUCGUCGUUGACUCGUUCGAAGAGCAACAACUCGCUUUCUUCGCUUCGUAGGAACAGAAGACCACCGUCGGCUGCCUCUGAGCUAGAAAUCGAAUGCCACGGCACCGUCAACGACCAGAAGAAAAUUCUAUCGCAACUUUCGACCUUGCGGCAGACACUUCUGCUGAAACGACAAGAGCUGGAGAAUUCGAUCUCAACGCCUCGAGUGUCCCGCAAAGCCAAAACUUGA